AGCGCGAUUCCUAAAGCGCCGGCGCCGCUGCUGCUCAGUACGUGUGAGUCGGGAGAGACUCUGUCAGAAGCUGAAGGGUCGGUCUGUGGUCCCCAGUUCGCGAUGAGCUUCUUUGUGUUUGUCGCUCUGCUCUUCGGGGCUCUUUGCGUCUGUUCGCGCGUUCAGGGUCAUGUAGAUACAUAUGUUAUUGCCUGUCAGACCGGUGACACUGACCCUGAGGAUGACAAAGAGUUCGACGGAGAUGAGAUUGUGUACGUAGAUCUCAAAAAGAAAGAGUGGGUGGGCACAAUGCCUGACUUUCUUCAGCAGUUAGAUGGUCAGAACUUGGUUCAGCAGGCACUGGUAGAGCAACGGAUUUGUAAGAGCAACCUGGAUGUGGCUGUUAAAGCUGAAAAGAACCCACCUGAAAAGAUCGAUCGUCCUCAAGUCACAGUCUAUCCCAGAGAUGAAGUUUCAUUGGGAGGAAGAAACAAGUUGAUCUGCUUUGUGAACAACUUCUUCCCACCACCUGUGAAAGUGAAGUGGACUAAGAAUGAUGUGGAGGUGACAGAGGGGGUCACUCUGAGUCGCUACUACCCCAACAAGGAUUUCACCUUCAGACAGUACUCUACUGUACCCAUCAUCCCACAGGAGGGGGAUGUUUACUCCUGCACCGUGGAGCACAAGGGAUUUCCUGAACCUGAAACCAGGUUCUGGGAUGUGGAAAUUCAGGACACAUCAGACAUCGGAAAGACAGUUUUUUGUGGAGUAGGACUAACCCUUGGUUUCUUGGGAGUGGGAGUUGGAACCUUCUUUCUCAUAAAGGGGAACAACUGCAAUUAAAAAAGUUUUCCAUGAAGAUUGCAGAGCAAGAACUGAAAUGGGGAGGCUGUAACAAUUCCUUUCGGCCGUCAUUUAUUUUCAUUUUAACGAUAUGUACAUUGUAAGAAUUUACUUUUCAUGACAGCUAUGAGGAUAGCAUCAGUAACAAGUAAUCUGAAAACCAAACCUGAAAGAUUGUGUUAAAAAUAUAAAGCUCUGAA